AUGGGUGUACAGAGUACGAAACAAGCUCAUAUUCAUCAUUUGCAAAUGUAGGAAGAGAAAUAUGUGUAAGAAGGAGAAAAAGAAAACAUGGAAAUAGAAUAAAUGGAUUAAAUUAGUGUUGAAAAUUAAAAGUAUGAAGAUGUUUCAAAGUAUUAGGUUCCCAUUCUGUAUAGUUUGGACUAGCAUACCAGUUUUAACGUGGAUUAUUCCUUGUAUAGGACAUACUGGAAUUUGUACAUCAGAAGGGACCAUCCAUGACUUUGGAGGGCCUUAUUAUAUUGCCAUAGAUAAUUUUACUUUUGGAAAACCAUUAAAAUAUCUUAAAUUAAAUGAAGAUUUUUAAGUGCCAAGAUAAAGUUGGGACGAUGCAGUGUUAAAAGCAGAUGAUGAAUAUAGCUAAUAGAUGGUAAUUAGUUUGAAAAACAAUAGCAUAAUUUAUUUACAAAUAAUUGUCACAGUCAUGUUGCAAAGGCUUUAAAUAAUAUGAAAUAUGAAGGGAAAAAAAAUUAUUCAAUGUUUCAUAUUUGGUUAAUGCUACUUUUAAGUGGAUAAUAUGUUAGGUAUUUAUUCAUAUAAGUUCAAUAGUAUUGGAAAAUUUGUUAAUACAUUUUUACCAUCCGCAAUAUUUUAUGGCAUAAUCUUACUAGUUGUGUUCUCAAAUUAAUGA